CCCUUGAAAGUCAACCAGUAGUGGCAUUUUUGUGGUUUCAGAGUUCAGACUAUGGGAAAUUCAUUGUUUAUCAAAACCAUACAUGUCAUAUAACAGUGCGAUUCCUUCAUUAAAUAGAACCUAAUUUAUUAUUGGAAUUGAGAGUCCAGAGGAGGUACCCUGUGAAUGAUGACAUGGGCCCUCAAAAUGAAAAGGCACAGAAAUGGGGCGACCUUAGUGUAGCAGAGGAUUAGCAAGCCCCUCAAUAAGAAUGACAGUGAAGUUCACUCUCAUUCCCUAUUGACCCGAGUAGUAGCCUGCACCAACUCUACUCUCCUUUCAACCACGCUUAUAUAUUUGGAUCCCUCCUCUCCUCCCUCUACCCCCAUACAUUGCAUCAACAAGCAAUUCAAAAGCUAGCGGUGCCUUCUUCUUUUGUUUGUCAAAACCAUCACGUUCCCUUCCUCAAACACAUAAAGGGAAAAGGAAACCAAAAGAAAAAAAAAAUUUGCUGUACUUGAUUCUUUUUAUUUUUCAGCUGUCUUCCCAAACCCACAAUUAUGUAACCUGGUGUGUUUCUCUUGAAGCUUGAAUUCAUAUCUUUAAUUCAUAAUUGUCUGAUCAAUCACCUUUGAAUUUCUCUUCUCACUUCUCGGAGAAAAAAUUUGAAUAACAUGAACAUCGUCUAUCUUCGCUAAAGUUUUCAUCUGUACUUUGGAAUCAAGUCAUGUAAUUUACUUGAUCCUACGUUUGGCUCUUAUUUUUUUCCAAUGAGAAUCUCCUUGCCAGAUAUGUAACAGCCCGAUCUUUGAUACAGCAGUUAUUACUGAUCAUUGUCAAGAGUCUUUCAGCCUUUCUUUUAUUUUUCUCUAGGAAGAUUAUUCAAGAGGAAGAGAGAACUAAAGCCAACCGUUUAGAGUUACAGAUAGAAAAAACUAACCAUGGAGGAGACCUUUGUGCCUUUCCGAGGCAUCAAAAAUGACCUCAGAGGGAGACUGAUGUGUUACAAACAAGAUUGGACUGGUGGCUUUCGAGCAGGCUUCAGGAUUCUGGCUCCCACCACUUACAUUUUCUUUGCUUCUGCGAUUCCUGUCAUUUCAUUUGGUGAACAACUUGAGAGAAAUACUGAUGGAGUUCUCACAGCGGUUCAAACCUUAGCAUCCACGGCACUUUGUGGGGUCAUACACUCAAUAAUUGGAGGUCAACCUUUGUUGAUAUUAGGAGUUGCUGAGCCAACUGUCAUUAUGUAUACGUUUAUGUUCAACUUUGCUAAAGACAUACCUGAUUUGGGUCGGGACCUGUUUCUAGCAUGGACUGGAUGGGUAUGUGUAUGGACUGCAGGCUUGCUGUUCUUACUGUCUAUCUUGGGAGCUUGUUCCAUAAUCAACAGGUUUACCCGUGUGGCAGGAGAACUGUUUGGUCUGCUUAUAGCUAUGCUGUUUAUGCAGCAAGCUAUCAAAGGCCUUGUGGAAGAGUUCCGCAUUCCACAUAAUGAAAACCCGAAAUUGACAGAAUUUAUACCUUCAUGGAGAUUUGCUAAUGGUAUGUUUGCUUUGGUUCUGUCAUUUGGCCUUCUUCUCACCGCAUUAAGAAGCCGAAAAGCAAGGUCAUGGCGCUAUGGCACAGGUUCGCUUAGAAGCCUUAUAGCCGACUAUGGGGUGCCACUUAUGGUACUAGUAUGGACAGCUGUGUCUUACAUACCUGCAGGAAGUGUUCCAAAAGGAAUCCCACGUCGUCUCUUCAGCCCAAAUCCCUGGUCCCCUGGCGCUUAUGGAAAUUGGACAGUUGUCAAGGACAUGCUAAAUGUUCCAGUUGUCUACAUUAUUGGAGCCUUCAUUCCAGCCACAAUGAUUGCAGUGCUCUAUUACUUUGACCAUAGUGUAGCAUCCCAACUCGCUCAGCAGAAAGAGUUUAAUUUGAGAAAGCCAUCUUGUUAUCAUUAUGACUUACUCCUUUUGGGAUUCUUGACAUUGUUAUGUGGUCUAAUUGGCAUCCCUCCAGCAAAUGGGGUCAUUCCACAAUCUCCAAUGCAUACUAAGAGCUUGGCUACUCUCAAGCACCAGCUGCUUCGUAAUCGAUUGGUUGCAACAGCACGUAAAAGUAUAGGAAAGAAUGCUAGUUUGGGACAAUUGUAUGGAAAUAUGCAAGAAGCCUAUCAACAAAUGCAGACCCCUUUAGUUUACCAGGAGCCUUCAGCUAGAGGACUAAAUGAACUAAAAGAAUCGACUGUUCAAGCUGCUACAUGUACAGGCAACAUUGAUGCCCCUCUUGAUGAGACUUUAUUUGAUAUUGAGAAAGAGAUUGAUGAUCUAUUGCCUGUUGAAGUAAAGGAACAGCGUCUCAGUAACUUGCUUCAAGCCAUCAUGGUAGGAGGAUGUGUUGCAGCAAUGCCCAUCCUGAAAAAGAUCCCAACUUCAGUCCUCUGGGGCUACUUCGCCUUCAUGGCUAUUGAAAGCUUACCGGGUAACCAAUUUUGGGAAAGGAUCUUACUACUCUUCACAGCACCAAGCAGAAGAUACAAAGUCCUUGAGCAGCAACACGCAACCUUUGUGGAGACUGUUCCAUUCAAGACAAUUGCAAUGUUCACCAUUUUCCAAACUACUUAUCUGCUUGUAUGUUUUGGCUUAACUUGGAUUCCAAUCGCCGGAGUUAUGUUUCCUUUGAUGAUCAUGCUUUUAGUUCCAGUAAGACAAUACAUCCUGCCCAAGUUUUUCAAAGGGGCACAUCUUUAUGAUUUGGAUGCCGCAGAGUAUGAAGAGGCACCUGCUUUGCCAUUUAAUCUUGCCGCAGAGACAGAACUGGCAAAUGGAGCAACGUAUGCUGGGGAUGGUGAGAUAUUAGAUGAAGUUAUUACCAGAAGCCGUGGUGAAUUCAGGCAUACAUGCAGUCCUAAAAUUACAAGCUCCACUGCUACUCCAGCAAAUGACCCGAGAAGCCAUCAAAGCCCGCGCCUCUCAUGUAGUCCACGUCUCAGUGAACUAAAAGGAGAGAUAAGUCCACGGGCAAGUGGAAAGGGGCCACGCAGUCCAAGGAAUGGGGAACCAAAACAAUCUAAUCUGGGGAAGAGUCCUCUUAACCCAGCAUCGAGUUAACAGGAAUAUUGUUGAAUAUUUUGAUAAAUCUGUUCUUAAGGAGUUUUUUUAAAUGGUUUGGUCAUUUCCCAGUCUUUGUUUUGCGUGUAAUGGUUGGCUUGGCUUAGGAGCUUAGCAGUAUUGUAAAAUGUUCUCUCCUUCUCUUCUUCUUAAACCCCAACUUCAUUUGUAACAACAGAUUUGAUUUGCUUUUCUUGCCAGAAAUAUAUAUAUAUAUAUAU